AUGGAGCCAGCUGAAGAAGCCCCACAAGAUGAGGAAAAAAGAAAGAGACGACCUCCUCUCCUCGCCAUAACGUUAGUUAGAAAAGUGAUGGAUGUUUCCUCCAUCAGCGUUGAAGAGUUGAGCCGUCGGAUCCAUGCUGGAGUGCUUAUGAAUGAUAAUAAACUGAAGUUCUGCGUCGACCCAGAUUGCGGAAAAAAUUGCUUCUUGUUGCUUGCUAAAUCCAUCCAUGGGAUCAAUGAGAAUGGUGGAAACUGGACAUGGAUCGAUGAGAAGGAAAAAUGUUAUGAAGGCGAAGUAUCCGUACAGGUUGCGGAGAUGGCGAGCGUAGACUCUGCAGAACUCUCGGCCACCUUCAAGACUAUCAUGCUUUCUCCGAAGACUACAUAUUAUGUGGAAUUCGUGGUGAAAUUGAAAGAUGGCUGGCAAUCGCACGGUCGGCUGGACCUAAGCCUCACUCUACCGGAUGGAACCAGGCGGGAACGCACAGAUGGUCUGCCGCGUACGCCGGCGGGGAUAUGGAAACACGUCCCUGUCGGUACCUUCGUGACAACUCCGAAGAACGUUGGCGAGAUAACCACAAACUGCACCUUCUCCAAUGGCUGGACAAACGAGCUCAUUGUCAAAGGGAUUGUCCUUCGACCACAAAGCUUCUUAGAUAGGCUUUAUGACGAAUACCCGGAUGUGAGCUGCCUAGAGUGGUUUGGCAAUCACGACUUUUAG